AUGUCCGUCCACACACCUCUCUGCUCCCUCCUCGGCAUUCAGCACCCCAUUCUGCUGGCAGGCAUGGCGCGUGCCUCCGGAGCACCCCUCGCCGCCGCUGUUUCCAACGCAGGCGGACUUGGUACCGUCGGCGGCCUGGGCUACACCCCUCAACAACUAUCCGAGAUGCUGACCGAGCUGAAAUCGCUCCUCCACGACCCAUCCCUGCCCUUUGGCGUGGAUCUAGCUUUGCCGCAGGUCGGCGACGGUGCGCGCCCCACCAACCACGAUUACACGCACGGGCAGCUCGACGAGCUGAUCGAGGUUGUCAUCUCCCACGGCGCAAAGCUGUUCGUGUCCGCCGUUGGCGUGCCGCCCGAGCGUACCAUCAAGCGGCUCCACGGCGCCGGUAUCCUGGUCAUGAACAUGGUCGGGGCGCCGCGGCACGCCGAGAAGGCGUUCCAGCGCGGCGUGGACAUUGUCUGUGCGCAGGGCGGCGAGGGCGGCGGACAUACCGGCGACAUCCCCUUCUCCGUGCUUGUGCCGGCGGUCGUGGACGUUGCGAAGCGGUAUAAGUCCCCGUUGACGGGACAGCCGGCGUUGGUUGUUGCGGCGGGCGGUGUCAACGAUGGUCGGAGCCUGGCUGCGUCGCUGAUGCUGGGUGCGGCGGGCGUCUGGGUCGGGACGCGGUUCGUGGCGUCCACGGAGAGCGGCGCGAGCCAGAUGCACAAGGAGGCGGUGGUGGGUGCGAGAUAUGGGGAGACGAGGCGCACGCUCGUUGUCUCGGGGCGGCCGCUGCGUACGCUGCCGAACGAGUACAUCAAGGACUGGGAGAAGCAGCCUCAGGGGAUCGCGCAGUUGACGGACAAGGGUAUCGUUCCGAUGAUGCAUGACCUGGAGAACGAGAAGGAUGUGGAUAUGCCAUUCCUCAUGGGCGAUGUCUCGGCCAGUGUCACGGAGAUCAAGCCUGCGAGCGACAUCGUGCGCGAAAUGGUCCGCGAGGCCUCCGCAAUGCUCCAGCAAGGAGCUUCGUAUACCGCUGGGGCAUCUAGCAAGCUAUGA